AUGUUCGGAGACGACGAUGUGGAACAAAAGCCGGACCUGCUCGAGAUUUUCCGCGAAGCCAUGGGGACUUCGUCCAUUUCCCCGCGAAAUACCCCGCCAUCCACGAAAAAUAACUCGCCGUCGCCGUGCUAUCCGCCCGGCGAGCGUACGCUCAGCGAGAUGGCCAUGGAGCGGUCGUUGAUCAACCUGCCGGCCCUGCUGCGCAACUCGCUGGAGGAGCGCUUCAUCGAGAUCCUGCCCGACUACCCCUGCUUCUACGAUCCCAACGACAAGAACUUUGCGCACAACCAGUUCAAGUCCAACUCGUACGCGGAGAUUGCGAAGAAGAUGACGGCGGAGGGCUUGGAGACCAGUGGGCCACAAUUGGCCGCCAUCUUCAAGGGAAUCAAGGCGAAAUACCGCGAGGAGGCGAGAAAAAUGACGAGAAUGGAGGGGCGAAUCGAGCCCACCCCGUUUUAUCAACGAUUACACUUCCUGGAGCGGGGAUUGAGCACGGUGGAUCAGUAAGUGGCUUGUUUUCCGCGGAAUACAACGGUUUUCCGCACUCACUGGUCAUCCUCCUUUUUAUUUUCGCGCUUCCAAAAGCUAGCGGAACACUUGACCCGUUUCCUCCAGUUUGGGUCAAGUUUUCCUCCCUGCGUUCUUCGUCUUUGCGAGGGAAAUCGGGGUAAAAUUGGGGAUAAAAUAAGUCCGUGCUUCCGUAUGCAAUUGCCAGUUUUUGUAUUUCAACUUCUUUUUUUAGGAACACCCUCAAAAGAAUCGCCAGAAUGCGUGGAUUGGCGCAAGCUCCGCCUUUGCCGCUUCCAGCGCCUAUUCGCAACAAAUCCUACACUGUUCAUACCGGAAACGAGCUCGUAAUCCCACCCACACCUCCUCCUAAAGUUGUGGGUACAGGACAAGGCAUGAAGGUGAGUUAAAAAGUUCAAUUUGACUCUUCGAUUUUAAAAUUGACAAAAAAAAUUUUUUUUUGUUCAAAAUUUGAACCCAAAAUUUUUCUAGGUCGUCUAUGGACCCAGAGUCACAAACUCCUCCACACACACAAUUAUUACUCCAAGUUUGCAGCCAGUGGAUCACAGCUCCGUCCAAGCGAUUGUCGAAAAAUUGGCCAACACCAGUGACAGUGAAAAGGCGGCGAUUGAGAAAUUAGUUGGGUCGUUGAUGAUGAUCUCGACUGUUCGAAGGGAAAGUGUGGUAAAGAAGUUGACCCAGGCUUCCAAUGGGUUCAAUAUUUUUGACAAUGGGAUUUUACAGUUGGUAAGUUUUUUAGGUAUCAAAAAAAUCUUUAAUUUGAUUUUUAAAUAUUGGGAUAUACUUGAAAAGACCUAUUAGUGGUUCUUUUAGUUGUUUUGAGGUAGGUUAAGGAUUUUUUAAAUCGAAGGAAAACCAAAAUUUUGAUAUCCAAUAUCAUGGAUAAUAUAAUUUUUGGUUAUUUUAUUCGUAAAUUGAUAAUGGAAACUAGAAACUUACAAGGGAAGUACCCCAAGUGCGACGCUCAGAUUUUCUUUAAAUUUUGCACACACGUUGGUCAUGAACAAAGUAUCAAUUCCUGAAAGUUUUAGCUCGCGCUUUGCAGGCGCCGCCGAGAUAUCGAACGAUUUUUGCCGCCGAGAGAGCAUGCUAACCGCGGAGAGCGGUCAGAGAGAAAAACACUUUUUGGCCGUAACUUCGCUAGUUUCGUACGGAAAAAAAUCAUUUUUUGUGGAGGCAUUACCCAUUACAAUAGAAAUAGGCAUGAAACUUUUCGUGCCGAAAUUCGGUAAAAAGUCAUAAAUUUUCGCCGACUUUCGAUUUAAAAAUCUCGGUUGCUUCUGCAAAGCGCGAGCUAGGAUUCUCGCAUAUGUCUUGGAAAAAAACAUUCUAAAUUUGUGCCAAGUUUCAUCAAAAUCUGAGCGUCGCACUUGGGGUACUUCCCCUGUUAGCUAGUUAUUUCUAUUUGAAUGAAAUUUAGAUGCGUUGACGCAAGGAUUAAAUUUUUUUGGCAUCCAAAAAACAUGGAUAAUAUAAUUUAAAUUUUUUUAUUACGAUUAAAAAUUUUUUUUUUGAUUUUUUUGAAGUACGUAUUUUAAAAUUUCGUAUUUUCCAAAAUAACUCAUAAUUUUGUUUCAGUUAGUCCCUGAGGGCCUAAAAGAUGAGGCCUGUAUUGAUGAAACCGGAGAUGUUGUGAAAAUCCUGAAAACUGAUGAAAAAUACAGAUCGCUGACUAUCAACUUCUCCGACAAGGUGCUAGGCAAAGUCCUGAUCGCGGAUCCCGCCCUUACGGAUAAGGAAUACAAGUUAAUCGAGAUUUUGCGGGACGAACAGACGAUUUAUAAAAGGACACUAACUCCCAUGGAUAGGCAAGGUCGAGAGGCGAUUUUUAAGUCGGUGGCGGAGAAAAUGAAGCCGCAGUUUGAUGUUUCACGUAAGUUGAGGGUCGAAGAAUUUGAUAUUGGCUUUUAAACUAAAAAUUUUUUUUAUUUUUUACUGAAAUUUUGAUUUUAUUAAAUAUUGUUUUAGCCGAAUGGGUGUUGGCAACAUUUGACCGUCUGCAAAAGAAAUAUACCGAAAUCAAAGUGCAGUUCAACAAGCACGAAAAUGCCGUCAAACCAACGUUCUUGAAGGCCCUUUCGUUUGUGGAUCGUUCUUCGUUGGCAGAGUAGGUCAAGUACAAUAUUUAUGCAAUGUCGAAAUUCUAACCGCCGGAAAAUGAUUUUUUUAGUCUAGAAUAAGUCAAAAAAAUUUUUGGAGUUUUGGAAAAGCGAAGUAUCAAACAGUGACGGACCUAAUCCAGUGGCAAAAAACGUAACGUUUUGCAUCCGGGAAGUGUCAAAAAAUGUUGCAAAAUACCUCCCUCUCCAACUAAAGAACUCCGUUUUGAAGGGAGUUUCCCUCACAAAAAGAGCGCUUUUCAAAUCGGAGUUUUUUUUUUACUUGGAGAGGGAGGUAUUUUGCUACAUUUUUUAUACUUCCCGGAUGCAAAAUGGUACGUUUUUUUGCCACUGGAUUAGGUCCGCCACUGUAUGAAAUUUGGCUUUUCCGAAACUCUGAAAUUAUUUUUUUCCAUCUAUUCUAUUCAAAAAGAAACAUUUUCCGUCACUGCAUUUGGAUACCCUAACAUUUAUUUUUUCAAUUUUUUGAAACAUUGUAAUGAGUCUUUGAAAAUUUUUAAUUUUUUUUUCAGCCCAAGGACCUCAACCUUUUACCAAACCGGCCGCGAGGAGGCGCAGCCAAUCACAAUAUCGGCCUCUCCCACACCGAGUUCCGAGUCCACACCCAGCCCAGUUUCAUCGCCAAAAUCACCGGUUCGAAGUGAAAAGGAGCCCUCGGAGAAGCCAGUUGAAGAGCCAAUGGAGGUGGAGCCAAAGCAACCAACGCCGAUCCCGGAAAAAGAGAAAACUCCGGAGCCACCGAAGCCGGAGAUGGUCGAUUCCGAGGCGCAGACCGACAAGAUCCCCGAGCCAGUUUUGCCGGAGGUGCGAGAGCCCACACCGAAGCCGGAGCCGCCUCCGGAGAACCCGGAUAUAACCGCGAUUUCCAAAUUUUUCACCGAAAAUCCGGAUCAACUGGCCAUGUUUCGAAUUUUGGCGAGCACUGUGAAUCAACUGCCCGUGGAGCGAAGAUUCGGCCAUUUGCAGAACCUCUUGAACAUUACAAACGCUGCGAAGGAGGCGCCAGUCCACGUGAAAUGGAACACGCGCGUUUAUGACGCACAUUCCGGAUGGACGCGAAGCCAACAAAGUCUGACUUUGGCCGGUCCAAUUCCCGAAGACGAUUACCCGGAAGAGCCGAUGGAACGCACCACCGAAAUCCCGCUGAAACAACCACGAAUUGAAGAGAAAUUCGUCUCACCAAGUGAGAAUUUGAAUAUUGGAAAGAAGGAGAAAUCCUCGAAGAGUCCGCAGGUCACCCCCACAAAACCCAAACUUUUACCUAGCCAGAAUUCAUUGGACACCGAUCAAAGUCAAACCAGCACCGCCUUGGAGGCCGACGAGGGAAUAGAGGCGGAAAGCAGCAGCUGCAAUGGAAAUGGAUCCCCGCAAACGAACGGCUUCGGAGCCGGCGAGAAAUCAGAGGAGGCUAAGGCAAUAUCGGCGCAAAGACGGUCGGAAGUUGCCCGAAAAAUUGAUGAAAUUCGACAUGGAAGACCAACAAGGAGCCUAAAUGGAAGCCAGCCCAAACCAAACAACGAAUUGAAGAGGCUGACUGUGGAUAUGGCCGAGCCAAGUAGUCGCGCGGCCAAAAGGAAGGCUGUCGAAAACUUGGACGAAAGCAAACUUGGAAAUCAUGUGGAAAAGGAGGAAGUAGACACGGUAAGGAGUUUUACGAUUGAUUUUUGGGUCGGAUAUUUUUUUUCAGGGCGCAGCUUGCCGAAUUCAAAAAAUUUGUCGGGCGCACCCUGCCGAGGAUUUUUGAAUUUUUUUUUUGAUUUUUUAUGAAGUUUACGUUUAAAAGUUAGAUUAUUAGGCCGCAUAAAAAAAGUGAACUGGAUUUAAUUUAGACCCCGUAUUUUACAAUUUUUAGGGCGCAACUUUUGAAAUUUUUAAUAAUUUUGCGAUUUUUUGAGUUUUUGAUAUGUAAAAAAAAUUUUUUUAAUGAAAUUCUUUUCAAAUGAAGGCUGUCGUAUUAGUUUUGCCGUAUUUUACCUUUUUUUUGAAAAUUGUCGGGCGCAGCCUGCCAAAUUAAGAUUUUUGUAUUUUGGGCAUUUUUGUUACCUAAAAUAUUUAAAAAUUGAUGGUUUAGGCGUAUUUUAAAUUUUUUUUAUUUUAAUUAUUUUUUUAUACCUUUCUUGCAAUAAUUUUACUGAUUUCCCCGAUUUUCAGACCCCUCAAAUCCGCCGAAAUGACCCAACUUCCACUCCGUCUACCGAGAAACCCCGCGCCAAACGCGGACGCCCCAGGAAACACCCGAUCGAACCUCAAGGCACCGUCUAA